AUGCAGGACAUGGGAAGGAGCACUCUCAGCAGGAAGCCACGGUGGACGGUCCCUGGCAACUUUCAUGCUCCAAUGGUAGUUUACAACGAAGAGCAGGAGGAGCGAAUAUUCAGCCACAAGGACGCCCACCUUCGCUGCAUCGAGGUGCACAGCCAGACCCUCAUUCAGCUGGAGCGCGGGUUCACAGCCACGGGUCAGACCUGCGUCACCAUCGUUGGACCACUUAGGGCCCGGCAGUGGCUGAUGGACAUGAUCUGCAACGGGGGGAGCCCUGACUCAUGCACUCGGGCCCGAGGUGGGUCUCCUUGUGGAACUGUGACUGGUCAGUGA